UCCCGGAGCCGCUCUGACCUGCUGCUCCGCUACUUCUCGCCUCCUCUCCCGGCCCCAGUUCUCCCACAGCGGGCACCCUCCCGACCCCGCCCUCUUGCCCACCAAGCGGUCUUCCUAGGACCGCUCUGGCCCGAGCGUCCCCUCGACUCUGUGAUCUGGCCUAUCCGGCUGUGUAGGGAGUCGCGGGUGGGUGAGCGACGGAGUGAAUCUUUGCGGUCCAGACCUGAGUCCCUGAGAACGGGCUCCGCCCCCGGCUGGAGUCUCUCCCGGACCAUCCCCGCCUGGCCCGCCCGGGCCUGCAUCCUCUAUGGAGCGCUCGCCCGGCUUCAGGACCCUUCGCCCCCUGGGGACCCACCCAUCUCUAAAGUCCGUUUCGGCCUGCAGCGGUCCGCGUCUGUAGUUGCUGGACACCGUUUUUGGGGUCAGCCAGCCUAUGGGGGCCUGUGUCUAUAAGGGACUCCCACAGUCCCUAGGGCUCGGCCCCGCCUAUAGCGACCCCAUUUUCAGGGCCUAUCAUGGGUCUCUAAGGCCCACCCCUCGACUUCCAGAGCCCGUCGCCAGCUGCGGUUCCCUUAGCAGGGACUGCGAAUUCUAGACCUCCCUGGUCUACAAGGCCAUGUCCCGUCCAUAGAGGUCGCCUUCAGGGCCUCACACCGGUGGAGGGUCCCCGCGGUCUGUAAGGGUCAGUACCGGAGGCAGCGAUGGCCCUUGGCCGGGCUCUGGUCGCCAUGCUGGCCCUGUCUUUGGUCUUGCUGGGGCCGCUGUCCCCUGGGGCCCGGGCCGGGGACUGCAAGGGGCAGCGGCAAGUCCUGCGGGAGGCCCCAGGCUUCGUGACGGAUGGUGCGGGCAACUACAGCGUCAAUGGCAACUGCGAGUGGCUCAUCGAGGCACCAAGCCCCCAGCACCGGAUCCUCCUGGACUUCCUAUUCCUUGACACGGAGUGCACGUACGACUACCUGUUCGUGUAUGACGGCGACUCCCCCCGAGGGCCCCUGCUUGCCAGUCUGAGUGGGAGCACCCGGCCCCCACCCAUUGAGGCUUCCUCGGGCAAGAUGCUGCUGCACCUCUUCAGCGAUGCCAACUACAACCUGCUGGGCUUCAAUGCCUCCUUCCGCUUCUCCCUGUGCCCGGGGGGCUGCCGCGGCCGUGGGCAGUGCCGGCCCCCUGGGGUGUGUGCCUGUGAGCCGGGCUGGGGGGGCCCUGACUGUGGCCUGCAGGAGUGCUCAGCCUACUGUGGCAGCCAUGGCACCUGCGCCUCGCCCCUAGGACCGUGCCGAUGUGAGUCUGGCUUCUUGGGACGUGCAUGUGACCUGCACCUGCGGGAGAACCAGGGGGCCGGCUGGUGGCACAACGUGAGUGCCGGGGACCCUGCCUUCUCCGCCCGCGUUGGGGCCGCCGGUGCCUUCCUGGCCCCACCAGGACUGCUGGCCGUUUUCGGGGGCCAGGACCUCAACAGUGCCUUGGGUGACCUCGUGCUGUAUAACUUCUCUGCCAACGCCUGGGAGCGCUGGGACCUGAGUCCUGCCCCGGCUGCCCGUCACUCUCACGUGGCCGUGGCCUGGGCCGGCUCCCUGGUGCUGAUGGGUGGCGAGCUGGCCGACGGCUCCCUCACUAGCGACGUGUGGGCCUUUAGCCCGCUGGGCGGGGGCCACUGGGAGCAACUGGCACCGCCGGCUUCUAGCUCCUCGGGGCCCCCAGGCCUGGCAGGUCACGCGGCUGCCUUAGUGGACGACAUCUGGCUUUACGUGUCUGGGGGCCGCACCCGGCACGGCCUCUUCUCCUCCGGCCUCUUCCGUUUCCGCCUCGGCCGCACCGGUGGGGGCUGGUGGGAGCAGGUGACUCCAGCGGGCGGGCGGCCCCCUGCCGCCGCCGGCCACUCCAUGGUGUUCCACGCCCCAUCCCGAGCUCUGCUGGUCCACGGUGGACACCGGCCCUCCACUGCCCGGUUCUCCGUGCGGGUGAACUCCACGGAGCUGUUCCAUGUGGAUCGGCGCGUGUGGACCACCCUGAAGGCCCGGGAUGGGCUCCAGGGCCCGCGGGAGCGGGCCUUCCACACGGCCAGUGUCCUGGGCAACUACAUGGUGGUCUAUGGGGGCAAUGUGCACACCCAUUACCAGGAGGAGAAGUGCUAUGAAGACGGCAUCUUCUUCUACCACCUGGGCUGCCACCAGUGGGUGUCGGGGGCUGAGCUUGCGCCUCCAGGAACCCCUGAGGGCCGAGCAGUGCCUCCGAGUGGUCGGUACUCACAUGUGGCAGCUGUGCUCGGUGGCAGCGUCCUGUUGGUGGCUGGUGGGUACAGUGGCCGGCCCCGUGGGGACCUGAUGGCCUACAAGGUUCCUCCCUUUGUGUUCCAGACGCGUGCUCUAGAUUACCACUUGGACUACUGUUCCAUGUACACGGACCACAGUGUUUGCUCUCGAGACCCUGAAUGCAGUUGGUGUCAGGGGGCCUGCCAAGCCGCACUGCCUCCUGGUACCCCCUCGGGGGCUUGUCCAGCUGCCAGCUGCCUGGGCCUGGGGCGUCUCCUGGGCGACUGUCAGGCCUGCCUGGCCUUCAGCAGCCUGGCAGCUCCUCCCCGGGGGCCCGGUGCCCUGGGCUGGUGCGUGCACAAUGAGAGCUGCCUCCCUCUGCCCGAGCAGUCCCGCUGCCGAGGAGAGCAGAUCUCGGGCACCGUGGGCUGGUGGGGGCCCACACCUGUCUUCGUCACUUCCCUGGAGGCCUGCGUCACCCAGAGCUUCCUGCCUGGCCUGCACCUGCUCACCUUCCAGCAGCCGCCCAAUGCCUCCCAGCCCGACAAGGUCCUGAUCGUCCGCAGCACAACCAUCACCCUGACACCCAGCCCAGAGACCGACGUGUCCCUGGUCUACCGUGGCUUCAUCCACCCGCUGCUUCCGGGAGGGCCUGGCGGGCCAGGGGCCGAGGACGUGGCCGUGUGGGCCCGGGCCCAGCGCCUACGCGUCCUGGCCCAGAUGGCCCGUGGCCCCGACACAGAGAACAUGGAGGAGGUGGGGCGCUGGGUGGCUCAGCAGGAGAAAGAGACGAGGCGGCUGCAGCGCCCGGGGGCCGCCCGCCUCUUCCCGCUGCCUGGCCGGAGCCAUAAGUAUGCGGUGGAGGUGCGGGGCCAGCUCAACGGCUCGGCAGGCCCUGGGCACAGCGAGCUCACGCUGCUGUGGGACCGGACCGGCGUGCCUGGGGGCAGUGAGAUCUCCUUCUUCUUCCUGGAACCCUACCGCUCAGCGGCCUGCGCCUCCUACUCCUCUUGCCUGGGCUGCCUGGCCGACCAGGGCUGUGGCUGGUGCCUGACCAGCGCCACCUGCCACCUGCGCCAGAGUGGGGCCCACUGCGGGGACAGUGGGGCCAACGGGUCCCUGCUGGUGCUGGUGCCUGCCCUCUGCCCCCUCUGUGAGGAGCAUCGCGACUGCCACGCCUGCACCCAGGACCCCUUCUGUGAGUGGCAUCAGAGCACCAACCGCAAAGGGGAUGCGGCGUGUAGCCGGCGGGGCCGCGGUCGUGGUGCCCUGAAGAGCCUGGAGGAGUGUCCCCCGCUCUGCAGCGAGCGCCUGACCUGUGAGGACUGCCUGGCCAACUCAAGCCAGUGCGCCUGGUGCCAGUCCACCCACACCUGCUUUCUGUUUGCCGCCUACCUGGCCCGGUACCCGUAUGGGGGCUGCCGAGGCUGGGACGACAGCGUGCACUCAGAGCCACGGUGCCGGAGCUGCGACCGCUUCCUGACCUGCCACGAGUGUCUGCAGAGCCAUGAGUGUGGCUGGUGCGGCAACGAGGACAACCCCACGCUGGGGCGGUGCCUCCAGGGGGACUUCUCUGGGCCCCUGGGUGGGGGUAACUGCUCCCUUUGGGUGGGGGAGGGCCUGGGGCUGCCCGUGGCCCUCCCUGCCCGCUGGGCGUAUGCCCGCUGUCCUGACGUGGAUGAGUGUCGCCUGGGCCUGGCACGGUGCCACGUUCGGGCCACCUGCUUGAACACGCCCCUCAGCUACGAAUGUCACUGCCAGCGGGGCUACCAGGGAGAUGGUAUCACAUACUGCAACCGCACGUGCCUGGAGGACUGCGGCCACGGUGUGUGCAGUGGCCCCCCUGACUUCACCUGCGUGUGCGACCUGGGCUGGACGUCUGAUCUGCCCCCACCCACGCCUGCUCCGGGACCCCCUGCUCCCCGCUGCUCCCGAGACUGUGGUUGCAACUUCCACAGCCACUGCCGCAAACGAGGGCCUGGCUUCUGUGAUGAGUGCCAGGACUGGACCUGGGGGGAGCACUGUGAGCGGUGCCGGCCCGGCAGCUUUGGCAAUGCCACGGGCUCGGGCGGCUGCCGACCGUGCCAGUGCAAUGAGCACGGGGACCCUCGCCUCGGCCACUGUGACAACCUCAGCGGGCUCUGCUUCUGCCAGGACCACACUGAGGGUGCCCACUGCCAGCUCUGCUCCCCUGGCUACUAUGGGGACCCCCGGGCCGGUGGCUCCUGCUUCCUAGAGUGUGGGGGUCGCACCUUCCUCACCAACGUGUCCUCAGUGGCACUGGGCUCACGCAGGGUUGGCGGGCUGCUGCCUCCAGAGGGUGGGGCAGCAAGAGCCGAGCCAGACCUGUUGUAUUGUGUGUGGGUUGUCUCGGCCACCGAGGUGCUGCAGCCCUGUGCUCCGGGGACCCAGUGUCCGCCACUCACCCUCACCUUCUCCCCUGACAGCAGCACCCCAUGCACGCUGAGCUACGUGCUGGUCUUUGAUGGCUUCCCACGCUUCCUGGACACCGGUGUGGUGCAGUCGGACCGUAGCCUCAUUGCUGCCUUCUGCGGCCAGCGGAGGGACAGGCCCCUCACCGUGCAGGCCCUGUCUGGGCUGCUCGUGCUGCACUGGGAGGCCAAUGGCUCCUCGUCCUGGGGCUUCAAUGCUUCAGUGGCCUCCGCCCGCUGUGGGUCAGGGGGCCCUGGGAGCUGUCCUGUUCCCCAGGAGUGUGUGCCCCAGGACGGGGCCACCGGUGCUGGACUCUGCCGCUGUCCCCAGGGCUGGGUUGGCCCACACUGCCGCAUGGCUGUAUGUCCUGAAAACUGCAAUGCCCACACCGGGGCAGGGACCUGCAACCAGAGCCUGGGUGUGUGCAUCUGUGCCGAGGGCUUCGGGGGCCCCAACUGUGCCACGAAGCUGGACGGUGGGCAGCUGGUCUGGGAGACCCUCAUGGACAGCCGCCUUUCAGCUGACACUGCUAGCCGUUUCCUGCACCGCCUGGGGCAUACCAUGGUGGAGGGACCUGAUGCCACUUUGUGGAUGUUUGGGGGCCUGGGCCUUCCCCAGGGGCUGCUGGGAAACCUGUACAGGUACUCAGUGAGUGAGUGGCGGUGGACCCAGAUGCUGGCAGGAGCUGAGGACGGGGGCCCAGGCCCCGCACCCCGCUCCUUCCAUGCAGCUGCCUAUGUGCCCUCUGGCCGUGGUGCCAUGUACCUUCUUGGAGGGCUCACGGCUGGGGGCAUUGCCCGAGACUUCUGGGUCCUCAACCUGACCACCCUGCAGUGGCGGCAGGAGAAGACCCCUCAGACUGCGGAACUGCCUGCUGUCGCUGGCCACACCCUCACUGCCCGCCGAGGCCUGUCUCUGCUCCUGGUGGGCGGCUACUCCCCUGAGAAUGGCUUCAACCAGCAGCUUUUUGAGUACCAGCUGGCAACUGGCACCUGGAUGUCCGGCGCUCAGAGCGGGACGCCCCCCACAGGUCUCUAUGGUCAUUCUGCCGUGUACCACGAGGCCACGGACUCCCUCUACAUAUUUGGGGGUUUCCGCUUCCACGUGGAGCAGGCGGCUCCGUCCUCUGAGCUUUACUCCCUGCACUGUCCUGACCGCACCUGGAGCCUGCUGGCCCCUUCUCAGGGGCCAAAGCCCCUCCCCCGACUUUUCCACGCCUCCGCCCUGCUGGGGGACACCAUGGUGGUCCUGGGGGGGCGCUCAGACACUGAAGAGUUCAGCAGUGAGGUGCUGCUCUACCAGGUCAACUGCAACAGCUGGCUCCUGCCUGACCUCACCCGCCAGGCCUCUGUAGGGCCCCCCAUGGAGGAGUCCGUGGCCCACGCUGUGGCGGCGGUGGGCAGCCGGCUGUAUAUUUCAGGGGGCUUUGGGGGAGUGGCCCUGGGUCGCCUGCUGGCCUUGAGUCUGCCCCCAGACCCCUGUCGUCUGCUGCCCUCGCCUGAAGCUUGCAACCAGUCUGGGGCCUGCACCUGGUGCCAUGGCGCCUGCUGGUCUGGGGACCAGGCCCACAGGCUGGGCUGUGGGCCUUCCCUCUGCUCCCCAAUGCCUCGCUCUCCUGAGGAAUGUCGGCGACUCCGCACCUGCAGUGAGUGCCUGGCCCGCCAUCCGAGGACCCUGCAGCCUGGGGAUGGAGAGCAGGCAUCUGCCCCCCGCUGUAAGUGGUGCACCAACUGUCCCGAGGGUGCCUGCAUCGGGCGCAACGGGUCCUGCACCUCGGAGAACGACUGUCGGAUCAAUCAGCGGGAGGUGUUCUGGGCAGGAAACUGCUCAGAGGCUGCCUGCGGGGCUGCCGACUGCGAGCAGUGCACCAAAGAGGGCAAGUGCAUGUGGACGCGUCAGUUCAAGAGAACAGGGGAGACCCGGCGCAUCCUGUCCGUGCAGCCCACCUACGACUGGACGUGUUUCAGCCACUCUCUGCUGAACGUGUCCCCGAUGCCUGUGGAAUCAUCGCCCCCACUGCCCUGCCCCACUUCCUGUCACCUCCUGCCCAACUGCACCUCCUGUCUGGACUCCAAGGGUGCAGAUGGGGGCUGGCAGCACUGCGUCUGGAGCAGCAGUCUCCAACAGUGUCUGAGCCCCUCGUACCUGCCCCUGCGAUGCAUGGCUGGAGGCUGCGGGCGGCUGCUCCGGGGGCCCGAGAGCUGCUCCCUGGGCUGUGCUCAGGUGACCCAGUGCGCCCUGUGCCUGCGGCGACCCCACUGUGGCUGGUGUGCCUGGGGGGGCCAGGAUGGAGGCGGCCGCUGCCUGGAGGGUGGACUCAGCGGCCCCCGUGAUGGGCUGACGUGUGGGCGUCCUGGCGCCUCCUGGACCUUCCUGUCCUGCCCUCCUGAGGACGAGUGUGCAAACGGGCACCAUGACUGCAAUGAGACACAGAACUGCCACGACCAGCUCCACGGUUACAAGUGCAGCUGCAAGACGGGCUACACCACAGACAACGUAACGGGGCUGUGCCGCCCAGUGUGUGCCCAGGGCUGCGUGAACGGCUCGUGCGUGGAGCCCGACCACUGCCGCUGCCACUUUGGCUUCGUCGGACGCAACUGCUCCACGGAGUGUCGCUGCAACCGCCACAGCGAGUGUGCCGGCGUGGGGGCCCGCGACCACUGCCUGCUCUGCCACAACCACACCAAGGGCAGCCACUGUGAGCAGUGCCUCCCGAUGUUCGUGGGUUCCGCCGUGGGGGGUGGGACCUGCCGGCCCUGCAACACCUUUUGUCGAGGCAACAGCGACACCUGUAUCUCCAGGAAGGAUCUUGAAAGGGCCAGAAGGGAGCCAGAGAAGUACUCGCUGGAUCCAGAGGAGAUCGGAAACUGGGUGACAGAGGGUCCUAGUGAAGAUGAGGCCGUGUGUGUACACUGCCAGAAUAACAGCUAUGGGGACAGAUGUGAGAGCUGCCUCCAUGGCUUCUUCCUCCUGGAUGGGAAGUGCUCCAAGUGCCGUUGUAAUGGCCAUGCGGACACAUGUAACGAGCAGGAUGGGACAGGCUGCCCGUGUCAGAACAACACAGAGACGGGCACCUGCCAGGGGAGCUCCCCCAGUGACCGCCGAGACUGCUACAAGUACCAGUGCGCCAAGUGCCGGGAGUCAUUCCACGGGAACCCGCAGAGCGGGCAGCAGUGCUACCGCCUCAUCUCUGUGGAGCAGGAGUGCUGCCUGGACCCGACCUCCCAGACCAACUGCUUCCACGAGCCCAAGCGCCGGGCCCUGGGCCCCGGCCGCACCGUCCUCUUCGGCGUGCAGCCCAAAUUCACCAACGUGGACAUCCGCCUGACACUGGAUGUGACCUUUGGCGCCGUGGACCUCUAUGUCUCCACCUCCUACGACACCUUUGCGGUCCACGUGGCCCCCGACACGGGCGUCCACGUGGUGCAAAUCCAGUCUCUGCCACGGCCGCCCUCACCCCCGGCCGAGGGCGGGCCCCGGGGGGCCGGGGAUGUGGGGGGACCAGGGACUGGGAGUGGACCGACCGCUACAGUGGAGCCGCGGGUGCGGGAGGUGUGGCCACGGGGCCUGAUCACCUACGUGACGGUGACAGAGCCGUCGGUAGUGCUGGUGGUUCGCAGCGUGCGGGACCGUCUGGUCAUCACUUACCCGCAUGAGCACCACGCCCUCAAGUCCAGCCGCUUCUACCUGCUGCUGCUGGGCGUCGGGGACCCCGGUGGGCCCGGCGCCAAUGGCUCGGCCGACUCCCAGGGACUGCUCUUCUUCCGGCAGGACCAGGCCCACAUCGACCUGUUCGUCUUCUUCUCUGUCUUCUUCUCCUGCUUCUUCCUCUUCCUCUCGCUCUGCGUGCUGCUCUGGAAGGCCAAGCAGGCCCUGGACCAGCGGCAGGAACAGCGCCGACACCUGCGAGAGAUGACCAAGAUGGCCAGCCGCCCCUUCGCCAAGGUCACUGUCUGCUUCCCACCCGACCCUGCCGCGCCAGUCCCUGCCUGGAAGCCGGCCGGACUCCCGCCACCCACCUUCCGUCGCUCUGAGCCUUUCCUGGCACCCCUGCUGCUGACAGGGGCAGGUGGGCCCUGGGGGCCUGUGGGAGGGGGCUGCUGCCCACCAGUCAUCCCUGCCAGCACCGCCGGCCUGCGGGCUGGGCCGAUCACCCUUGAGCCCACGGAAGAUGGAAUGGCUGGUGUGGCCACACUGCUGCUCCAGCUGCCCGGUGGGCCCCACGCGCCCAACGGUGCCUGCCUGGGCUCAGCCCUCGUCACGCUGCGGCACAGGCUGCAUGAGUACUGUGGAGGCGGCGGGGGUGCUGGGGGCAGCGGGCAUGGGGCUGGUGUAGGCCGGAAGGGACUGCUGAGCCAGGACAACCUCACCAGUAUGUCCCUCUGACCCGAGGCCAAGCUCUCAGCCGCAGCAGCAAAGUGCCCUGAUGGGGCCCUGGGCUCGGGGCACAUCCACAUGAGGGGCCCUCGACACUGUGUCCUCAGAGACCUCUGGUUCUUUUUCCCUGGGGGCCCCCAGACAGGCCCUUCUUUGUUGUGCAUUCAACAGUUAUUUAUUGAGUACCUGCUGUGUGCCAGGCACUGGUGAAGGCACCAGGUAAACAGGAACCAAGGCAGACAUGGUUCCCCAAUCUCGUGGGACUGAUGUGCCUGUAGGGACUGAGGGUUAAGUCAGCCGGGCAUCCAAGAAGCUACACAAAGAUUGAGAAGGAACUGGUUGUGGGAAGAGCUACGGGACGUGGGCUCCCGGCAGAGGGGACAAGGUCCCUGAGGUGGGAACAGCUCGUUUUAACGGGAAGGUCCAAAAGCUGGUCAUUGUGACCCCAACUGAGUGUGGGGAGGAAGUAGGGCCGGGGUCAGGCAGAGGUAGGUCACCCAGGGCCCGUGGACCCCAGACAGGGUUUGGGUUUUGUUCUCAGGGCAGUGGGAAGCUGUAGGACAGUUAGUUUUAUGGGGGGGGGGGUGGUGAUGGGAUCUGAAGGUUUUAUUUAAGAUGUCACUCAGCUGUGGUGUGGAGAAUGGGUUGGAAGGGGUGAGAGAAACAGCAAGGGGACAGUGCUGAUGGGCCCAGUCAGGAGUCCGGGCCAGAGGCAGGAUGUGGGCGAAGGAAGUAAGGGUAGAGUGGGCGUCGGGGUGAGGGAGAGAGGAGUCCAGAAUGACACCAACUUUGUGGCCCCAGCUGUGGGUGGAUGAUGGCGCGGUCUGUUAAGAUGGGCAGACGGGCUUACGGGGAAGAUCAGGAGCCUAGUUUCGGACCCAAGAUGCCCUUUAGACCUGUGUUAAGCGAGGCCCAACCAGGGAAACAAACCACUCUGAGCAUUUCAGCAGAAGGAACUGAGUGCGUGGCGCUGGCUGCACUGGUGACGGGGGAGGCUGACAAGAGGGAGGACAGCGAGGCAGCCCAGGGGCUUGAGCCAGAGCUGGAAGCCGAUGCUGCCCCCCUUGGCUGGAGGGACAAAGCUCUGGUGGGGUCACCUGACCCCAGGGCUGGGGUCACAGGCUCAGAAGUGGGGGGAGGAGUGAAUGCCAAGGUUGGAGAUAAAAAAUGGUGGAGACCUUAACGUAGAGCUUUCUUCCCAGGCAUUGCUGCCUUGAAGAUUUCUGGCCUCUCCCCAGGGGCUGCCCCCGACCCCAGCCAUCACCUUGGACUUCUGAGCCCCUUUCCACCCCUGUCCUAGACACCGUGAAGUUAAGACUCUCCUUUCCCAAGAGUUCACCCCCCAGCCACUUUUUGGGACCUUGCAGAGCUGGGUACUGCAUCUCCCCCUCUGCUGGGGCCCCAGUCUAGGGCCCACCCAUGUGUGCUGCUGGCUGAGAAAGUGGGGAGUGUUUGAAUCAACAAAGAGUGUGGGGAAGACCAUGUCCCACUGCUGUCUACAUGCAGAGUUGGGUGUCUUGGCUCUCUGACCCAGUACCCACGCUCUGGAUAAAUCAGACGAAUGCCCUUAUCUCACUCGGUGCCCCCUCAAAGCCACAUGGCCUGAACUCUGUCCCCCCUAGGCAGGCGUCAGGGUGGUACCACCAUAGAAGCUCUUGUUCCCAGAAGGGAUAAACCAAGGGGACGUGAGGGCAGUGAGACCUUUGACUCUAACCCCAGAUCUCUGUCAGGGAGGCCUCCGUUUGUUUCCAGAGGGAAAACAGGCCUUCCUGGGUCCUAGGACCAGCUGCGAUCCUGGCCUCUGCCCUGAGAGGCGUUCAGGUAUGGAGACUGAAAUGGGGCCCUAGCAUGGCAAGCUCGCUCUAAUUCAAGCAGAUUCUCAUGGCCCGAACCAGAAGCAUGUGGGAGCCCAGUCCCCCAGCAAGCAACAGCCCUGAGGCUAGGGGAGAUGGGAGCCUGAGAUCGCUGUCCUCUCGGGCCCUUGGUCGUGGGAGUCUUGCUGGAAGUGUUCACUCACCUUUCUGCACAAACCCGCCUGGAGGCCCCAAGCUGGCUGCCUCAUCUGGUGUUCAGCCACAGACGUGGUGAUAUUUUGAACUGAGGAGUGGUGUGAGUCUCCAUCGUGGUCUGAAUAUCAUAAUAUUAAUGUUUGCAGACUUUCUGGGCAGUUGGGGAUUUUCAGGGAUUUAUCUGCCCACACAUAAGUUUUGCCUUUAUGAGCUGACGGUAGCCCCUAACCUCCAAGGUGUGACUGUGAACUUGUAUUUGCUGAGUACCGGUGCUGGACAGUUUGCUUGGCUUGUUACUGCAUUUGAUCUUUCCAACAGCCAUGCAAGGCAGGUACCAUGUAGCCCCAUUUUGCAGGUGAGAAAACAUUAAAUACGUUUUAUUUAGCUGUUAA